AUGACACCAUCAAGAAAGCUAUACAUGCAAGCUUGUAGCGUGAUUUAUAAUGAGAAAUACUGCGGUUCAGUUCUUGAUGCGCACCUCUUUGUAGGAAAAGUCAAAAUUCGACUGUGCGGUCACCGUGAGUGGCGGUUUUUUUUACGGCUCCUUAGAACACCACUUCUUUUUCAUUCUCCCUGCUUUUGCUUCAUCAGUUAAUCAGCGUUCCUGUUCUCUGUCUACCUGACAACUAUCCUGUGAUUUUGUUCUUCGGUAGCCUGGAAUUUCUAUUUGUUUUUUGAAUUUUUAGUUCAUUGACGCCAUUGCACUUUAUUGACUGCUUAUCGACGGGAGAUCAUGCCCGCGAAGUCCCAGCGCUCAAGUAAAUCAAAAAUACAGACUGACAACUCAACUCAAUCUCAAUCUGCUUCGGUCGAUAGUGUAGAUUUAGGUACGCAGAUUAGCUCUAAUGAAAGCAUCGACUUCAGUGGUUUUAGCGUGUGCCAGCUUCUUAAAGCGCUGCUAGAUCGGAAUACCGAUCCAGUCAUGGAGAAAAUG